AUGAUCCUGAAAGAUAAAAAGUAUUUCUCAUAUUUGAAAAUGAGAAAAGCCGGUGUUAGUAUUAUUUCAGGAAAAACAAACAUCAUUGAAGGCUCCGGAAGAGCUAAUUUAUUAUUGGCAGGAGGAACAAGAUUGUGCAUCACUGAUGCCUUGUAUUCAAGCAAGUCUUAUAGAAACUUAUUAAGUAUCCGAAGAAAUGGAUAUCAUCUUGAGACAACAAAUGAAGAUGAUAUAGAAUAUAUCUUCAUCACCAAUAUGGCAUCAGGUGAAAAAUGCAUAUUGGAAAGAUUGCCUGAAUUUUCCUCCGGUUUGUACUAUACGUACAUUAACAUGAUUGAAACACAUGCAAUUUCGAACCCGAAGUUCGCAAAUCAUGAUGAGUUUUUUAUCUGGCAUGAUCGUUGGGUCAUCCAGGAUCAGUCAUGA